AUGGACCCCUCUUUUGACCUCCCCGACUCUACAGAUUGGCUCAACACGCCGUUGUCCCUGUUGGCACCGCUCGAGUCUUCGCUGCGAUGUCAGGUGUGCAAGGACUUUUUCAAUAACCCUGUGAUCACCUCGUGUAGCCACACCUUCUGCUCGCUCUGCAUCCGCCGCUGUCUGAGUAAAGAAGGCAAAUGUCCCGCCUGCCGGACCUCCGACCAGGAACUGAAGCUGCGGCGUAAUUGGGCGGUGCAGGAGUUUGUCGAGGCGUUCACAAAUGCUCGUCCCGGCGUACUCGAUCUGGCGAAGAAAGCGGCGCGGGGUGAUGUUGGUCUGGAGCAACCGGCGUCCAAGAAACGAAAGGUGGAACAUGGCGAGGAUCGCGAGUCUGAUUCUGUUGGUGCGGACGGUGUGCGAACGCGGUCUCGGAGCAGACGCUUGGAUCCCCAGCCUGAAACAGGGAUAGUCGAAGCCGUGGAGGACAGUCAGGAUGAGGACUUUAUUCCAGAAGAUGGAUUGGUCGCGUGUCCGAUAUGUAAUAAGAGAAUGAAGAACGAGGCAGUUUUCAGACACCUUGAUGCUUGCACUGGUAGUGCGAGCCCUAACAAGUCCAGAAAUCUUGGACCGCUACAGGUAUCGCAGACUUCACGCAGUCCAGGUAACAAUACGACAGAAAAGCCCCCCGGGCGGCUCCCGACUCUCAAUUAUUCUAUACUCAAGGAAGGUGUGCUUCGCAGAAAACUUCGAGAUUUGGGUAUCCCGGAUUGGGGUGCCAAACAACUCUUGCAAAAACGGCAUACCGAAUGGAUGAACCUGUGGAAUGCGAACUGCGACUCAAAAACACCAAAGUCUAUGAAGGAUUUGCUCAGGGAGUUAGACAUCUGGGAGCGGACUCAGGGCGGCCACGCUGCAGCUGCGUCGGCAUUCGCCCCCCCGAGUGUCAUGCGGAAAGAAUUCGAUAAGGAGGCAUGGUCUGCAACCCACGAUGACGAUUUCAAGCGUUUGAUCGCCAAGGCACGGAAGAAGAGUGAGGAGCAGGUCCGAACGACGAUUCCGAAAAUGGAGGAGCUUCCCUCAGAGUCAAGCAAGGCUGCUGCUGAUGGCCCCGUCACCAAUGGUGAUAAACCCGAAUCACCAAGGCUACCUUCGGCUUUCCUAGGUCCAGCAGAGGUAGCUAGCAACAGCGCUCCUAGUUUGGGCCCAAGCCCUAACCCUGAGAUGUAA